GUUACUGUAACCAAUCAGGGCUGGAUUGCAGUUCGGGGGAAGCCCUUGGUGUGUGUGUGUGUGUGGUGAGAGCUCAGCUCCGCGGGACUCGAAUUCAUUCAUUCGGAAACUCAUGUGAGACCGAGCGAGCGAGUGAGUGAGAGAGACAGACAGGCACAGAGAGAAGCAGCCGCUCUCUGACUAGUACAUUACAUUACUGGUACUGAGGGAAUACAAGAAUGCUGCAGAGUGACAUUUCCUAUAUUUUGUAUCUACUGUAUUUCACGGAUGCAAUAGUUUCAGGUCUCGAGAAUUUCCGAGAAGAAUCUGAGAUCGUUUUUCCGGCCGUUCUGCAGAAUGGUAGAGCGUACCCGGUACGGGGCGAGCCGGCAGCCGGCCCCGGCAUCACGUCCCGGGAAGUGCGCUCAAUCUCCAACGGGGACGAGUACGAGUCGCAGGAGUUUUACCCGCGGGAGCUGCAGGCUCCUGCCCCGCCCGGCCACCGCGGCGCCGCCGCCUCCUCCUCCUCCACCUCGCCCGCUUCCUCGCCUUCUCCCCCGGGGCUGCAGCUGAAGAUCCCGGCGUUCGGCAGAGAGCUGUACCUGAGCCUGACCAGGGACAGCCGCUUCCUCUCCGGUAGCUUCGCCGUGCACAGCCGCCGGAGCCGGCACCACACGUCGGUGCGCUCCUACCGCGCCGAACACGCCUGCUACUACAGCGGCUUCGUGCACAACUCCAGGGGCUCGCUCGCCUCUUUCAGCACCUGUGGGGGUCUGAUGGGAUUUAUUCAGAUUAAUGAAGAGUUUAUAUUUAUUGAACCACUGAAUCACACCAUGGCUGUAACAGGAUAUGCACAUCGCGUAUACAGAAGGAAACGAUCGAUGGAUGAAAAAUCUGCUGAAAAGCAGGCAUCACAAACUUUGUGUGGAAUUUCUGCAGAUAAAAGAAAACCCAAAAACAAAAGGCAAUUGGACAGAGGAAGAGGUCGGAGGUACACAUAUAAAUUAUCUCCUGACUACAAUGUUGAGACCCUCGUUGUUGCCGACACAGCAAUGGUCAACUAUCAUGGAGCUGAUGCUGUCAGGAGAUUUAUCCUGACUGUGAUGAAUAUGGUUUUCAAUCUAUUCCAGCAUAAAAGUCUUGGCAUACAAAUGAAUCUUCGAGUGACAAAACUUGUUCUGCUUCAUGAGAGUCCGGAAGACCUUUAUAUAGGCCACCAUGGGGAGAAGAUGUUAGAAAGUUUCUGCAAAUGGCAGCAUGAAGAAUUUGGAAAGAAAAAUUAUUUCAAUAGUGAUAUUUCCAGUAGUUGGAGAGAAGAUUUACCUGCCAUUGAUUCAGCCAUCCUGAUAACAAGAAAGGAUUUCUGUGUACAGAAGGAUGAGCCUUGUGACACUGUUGGUAUAGCAUAUCUUAGUGGGAUGUGCAGUGAAAAAAGGAAGUGUGUUCUUGCUGAGGACAAUGGAUUGAAUCUGGCCUUUACAAUUGCACAUGAGAUGGGUCACAAUAUGGGAAUGAAUCAUGACAAUGAUCAUCCAUCCUGUGCAGAUGGCCUCCAUAUCAUGUCUGGGGAAUGGAUCAAAGGACAAAAUUUGGGUGACGUAUCCUGGUCUCAAUGCAGCAGAGAUGAUCUAGAAAGAUUUCUCAGGUCAAAGGUCAGUAAUUGUUUACUGCACACAGAUCCUCAGAGCCUCAACUCAGUGAUGUUGUCAUCCAAGUUGCCAGGGAUGAUCUACACAGCAGAUGAACAAUGUCAGAUUCUGUUUGGUCCAACAGCUACUUUCUGCAAGGAGAUGCAGCAUGUUAUAUGUACCGGACUAUGGUGUAAGUUAGAAGGCGAACAAGAGUGUAAAACCAAACUGGACCCACCACUAGAUGGAACUGAGUGUGAACGAGAAAAGUGGUGUAAGGCUGGUGAAUGUGUUAGUAAAACACCUCUUCCUGACUACAUAGAUGGAGAAUGGAGCAUCUGGAGCACAUGGAGCACUUGCAGUCGAACAUGUGAUGUUGGAGUACAUUUCCGGCAGCGUACAUGUGAUAACCCCAGGCCUGGCCCUGAAGGGAAAAACUGUCAGGGUUCCCGUGUACAGUACAGGAUAUGCAAGAAUCCCCCUUGUCCAACAGGAGUACCAGGUUUUCGAGAUUUACAAUGCCAAUCGUUCAAAAGGCCAUCAUACCAGAAGCAUUCCUUGCAGUGGCAUGCUAUCACUAAUGAAGAGGAGCCUUGCACACUCUUUUGCUCUCCCCUGGGGAAAGAUCAGCCGAUUCUGAUCUCAGAGAAAGUACUCGAUGGAACGCCAUGUGGUCUACAUGAAACAGACAUCUGUGCUAACGGCACAUGCCAGAAAAUUGGCUGUGAUGAUAUAUUAGGAUCCUCUGCCAGAGAAGAUCAUUGUGGUGUUUGUAAUGGGAAUGGAAGAUCAUGUAAAGUCAUCAAAGGAGACUUUAAUCACACCAGAGGAGCAGGCUAUGUGGAAGCUCUAGUUAUACCUGCAGGAGCAAGAAGAAUUCGAGUUGUUGAAGAAAAGCCAGCCCACAGUUACCUUGCUCUGCGAGAUACCAGCAAACAUUCCAUUAACAGUGACUGGAAGAUUGAACAUCCAGGAACUUUUAACAUAGCUGGAACCAUGGUGCAUUAUGUUAGAAGAGGAUUCUGGGAAAAAAUUUCUGCUAAAGGUCCAACCACAUCUCCUCUGCACCUUAUGGUGUUGCUCUUCAAUGAUCAAAAUUAUGGCAUUCACUAUGAAUAUACAAUUCCAAUUGAGCCAAGACCAGGAAAUCACACUGCUAAGACCAGUGUACCUCACUUUAUGUGGACUCACUCCGGUUGGGAAGAUUGCGGUGCCAUGUGUGGUGGAGGAGAAAGAAAAACACUUGUGACUUGUACAAAAAUCAUGAGCAAAACUACAACUAUCGUGGAUAAUCGGAAAUGCAAACAGCUGAGAAAGCCUGAACCACUAGUCCGUAAAUGCAAUCAGCAGCCUUGUCAGACCAGGUGGAUGAUGACAGAAUGGACACCAUGCUCACGUACUUGUGGUAAAGGAAGUCAAAGCAGACAAGUGGCAUGUACCCAACAGCUCCGAAAUGGAACACUGAUUAGAGCUCGUGAACGAGACUGUCCCGGGUCGAAACCUGCAUCAUUACAACGCUGUGAGGGUCAGGACUGCCUGACAGUGUGGGAAGCUGGAAUCUGGUCAGAGUGUUCUGUGAAAUGUGGCAAAGGGGCUCGACAUCGAACUAUAAAGUGCACCAAUCCACGCAAGAAAUGCGAUUUAUCAACACGCCCAAAGGAGGCAGAAGAUUGCGAGGAUUAUUCAAAAUGCUACGUCUGGAGAACAGGAGACUGGUCUAAGUGUUCCAUCACCUGUGGAAAAGGAAUGCAAUCACGAGUAAUCCAAUGUAUGCACAAAGUGACUGGAAGACAUGGAAAUGAUUGUUUCCCAUCAGAAAAGCCCGCAGCCUAUAGACCCUGUCACUUAAAGCCAUGCAAUGAAAAAGUCAAUGUGAAUACUAUAACCUCACCCAGACUAGCUGCUUUGACAUUCAAAUGUUUGAAGGACCAGUGGCAAGUGUAUUGCAAAAUAAUACGCGAGACAAACCUCUGUCAGGACAUGAGGUGGUAUCAGCGCUGCUGUGAGACCUGUAGAGACUUCUAUGCACAAAAGCUACAGCAUAAAAGUUGA